CGUACGGGAUCACGUGACUCCUAGCAGCCGACUUCUCGCUCUCCCCUCCCCCACCCAACGAAAACUGGGCCUGCACCGACAUUCUCAUCUACGGCAACUACCAUGGGCUAGUCCGGACAGAAGAAGUCGAGCCCCGGGGCUGUCGGGGAGCUCCUUCUACCAGUCCAGGAAUUUCUUUCCUUACCCCAGACUCUACUACGGGCGCUAAAGGCACCACGUCACGUGAUGGGAGAGACCGCGGGGAGAAGAAGAGAUGGCCACUCCUCUGAUGGGAGGGGCAAUGAGAACAAGUCAGGUGGUACAGAGCGCCCGCCCGCCCGCGACGCGACAUACUGGUGUCACGUGGAUGUGGCGCGCGGCAUACGGCGGGAGGAGGGGCGCCAAGCGGUGAGGUCACGUGUUGCGCCGCCGCCGCCGGCCCUUGGCCCCUCCUCCAUGAGAGGGGAGGCAGGGCGGGCAAACAUGGCGGCGGUGAGUUAGAAAGCGUCGGACGGCGGGGCUAGCGGCGGUUACUUCCAGGAGCGGCUGUGGCGGGAUCGAGAGAGAAGAUGGUGGAGCCAGGACAAGAUCUGUUGCUUGCUGCUUUGAGUGAGAGUGGAAUCAGUCCAAAUGAUCUGUUUGAUAUUGACCCUGCGGACAUGGGCCUUGCAACACCAGUGCCAGCUGUUCAGCAGUCAGUGCCACUUAGUGCAUUAGAACUAGGCUUGGAGACUGAGGCAACAGUUGCUGUUAAACAAGAACCAGAGACUGUAUCUACUCCAGCACUAUUAAAUGUCAGGCAACCACCAUCAACCACAACCUUUGUGCUGAAUCAAAUAAAUCAGCUUCCAACUUUGGGGACUACAAUAGUAAUGACAAAAACCACACCUGUGACAACUACUAGGCAGACCAUCACUGUAGCAAAAAUCAUUCAAACCAGCACAACUACUCGACCAUCUGUUGCAGCACCAGCAGUACGCAAUGCCUUGACCACUACACCUUCAAAGGACCAGGUCCAGCUGAAAGAUCUGCUCAAAAACAAUAGUCUUAAUGAACUAAUGAAAUUGAAGCCACCUCCGAACAUUGCCCAGCCAGUUGCAACAGCAGCCACUGAUCUAAGCAAUGGUGCUGUAAAGAAGGAGGCUUCUACAAAAGAAGUAACAAGAAUAUGGGUAAAUGAUGUAAAAAUGAGAAGUUAUUCACCUACUAUGAAAGUGCCAGUAAUAAAAGAGGAAGAGGAACCUGAGGAGGAGGAUGAAGAAGAAAUGGGUCAUGCAGAGACAUAUGCAGAGUAUAUGCCAAUAAAAUUAAAAAUUGGUCUACGUCAUCCUGAUCCAGUAGUAGAAACAAGUUCAUUAUCCAGUGUAACCCCUCCUGAAGUAUGGUAUCAGACAUCAAUAUCUGAAGAAAGUAUUGAUAAUGGUUGGCUGUCGGCAUUGCAACUUGAAGCAAUUACUUAUGCAGCCCAGCAACAUGAAACAUUCCUGCCUAAUGGGGACAGAGCUGGAUUCUUGAUAGGUGAUGGUGCUGGUGUAGGAAAAGGAAGGACCAUAGCUGGAAUAAUCUAUGAAAAUUACCUGUUGAGUAGAAAAAGAGCUAUAUGGUUUAGUGUGUCAAAUGAUCUGAAAUAUGAUGCUGAAAGAGACUUGAGGGACAUUGGCGCAAAAAAUAUUUUGGUUCAUUCCUUAAACAAGUUCAAAUAUGGAAAAAUUUCUUCGAAACAUAAUGGGAGUGUAAAGAAAGGUGUAAUUUUUGCCACAUACUCUUCUCUUAUUGGUGAAAGUCAAUCUGGUGGUAAAUACAAAACCAGGUUAAAGCAGCUUCUCCACUGGUGUGGCGAUGACUUUGAUGGAGUUAUAGUAUUUGAUGAAUGUCACAAAGCUAAGAAUCUGUGUCCUGUUGGUUCUUCAAAACCAACAAAGACCGGCUUAGCUGUAUUGGAGCUUCAGAAUAAACUUCCGAAGGCUAGAGUUGUUUAUGCUAGUGCCACAGGUGCGUCUGAGCCACGAAAUAUGGCAUACAUGAACCGUCUGGGAAUAUGGGGUGAAGGAACCCCAUUUAGGGAAUUCAGUGACUUUAUUCAGGCUGUUGAAAGAAGAGGUGUAGGUGCCAUGGAAAUAGUUGCUAUGGAUAUGAAACUGAGAGGAAUGUACAUAGCAAGACAGUUAAGCUUUUCAGGUGUGACCUUCAAAAUUGAAGAAGUUCUACUUUCACAGAACUACAUUAAAAUGUAUAAUAAAUCUGUGAAACUGUGGGUGAAUGCCAGAGAGAAAUUUCAACAAUCAGCUGAUCUUAUUGAUGCAGAGCAACGCAUGAAAAAGUCUAUGUGGGGUCAGUUUUGGUCAGCCCACCAGAGAUUUUUCAAGUACCUCUGCAUAGCAUCCAAAGUCAAAAGGGUGGUACAGCUAGCUAGAGAAGAAAUCAAGAAUGGGAAAUGUGUUGUUAUUGGACUACAGUCCACAGGAGAAGCAAGAACGUUAGAAGCCUUAGAGGAGGGCGGUGGAGAAUUGAAUGACUUUGUUUCCACAGCAAAAGGAGUAUUGCAGUCUCUCAUUGAGAAGCACUUCCCAGCUCCUGACAGGAAGAAGCUUUUUAGUUUGCUGGGAAUAGAUCUGACUGCUCAAAGUAAUAACAAUUCACCUAGGGACAGUCCUUGCAAGGAGAAUAAAAUAAAGAAACGGAAAGGUGAGGAAAUAACUAGAGAAACCAAGAAAGCUCGUAAAACAAGUGGCCUCGCUGGGAGCAGUUCCGAUGAGAGUGAAAGCGAGUCUGAUGCCUCAGACAAUGAAGAAAGUGACAAUGAGAGCUCUAAGUUUUUGAGUUCUGGAGAUGAUGAUGACUUCAACCCAUUCAGAGACGAAUCUAGUGAGGAUGAUGAAGAUGACCCCUGGUUAAUUAGAAAAGACCAUAAGAAAAAUAAAGACAAGAAAAAGAAGAAAAGUAUAGACCCAGAUUCCAUUCAGAGUGCCUUAUUAGCUUCUGGUCUUGGAUCAAAACGACCUAGCAGUCUUUCUUCCGUUGCUGUUACCACUGCUUCUAGUACCAAUACAUCGGCUAACAGUAAUACUAACAGCAGCUUUGUAACAAGUCAAGAUGCUGUUGAAAGAGCCCAGCAGAUGAAAAAAGAAUUGCUUGAUAAACUGGAAAAACUAGCUGAAGACCUUCCUCCUAAUACUUUGGAUGAACUUAUAGAUGAACUUGGUGGUCCUGAGAAUGUGGCUGAGAUGACAGGCCGCAAAGGGAGAGUUGUAAGCAAUGAUGAUGGCAGCAUAUCUUACGAGUCAAGGUCUGAACUUGAUGUACCUGUUGAAAUUUUAAAUAUCACAGAAAAGCAGAGAUUCAUGGAUGGAGACAAGAACAUUGCCAUCAUCUCAGAAGCUGCCAGCUCAGGUAUUUCAUUACAAGCCGACCGUAGGGCUAAAAAUCAGAGGCGGAGAGUGCACAUGACUUUGGAGUUACCAUGGAGUGCAGAUAGAGCAAUACAGCAAUUUGGAAGAACUCACAGAUCAAACCAAGUUACUGCACCAGAGUAUGUGUUCCUAAUUUCCGAAUUGGCAGGAGAGCAAAGAUUUGCAUCUAUAGUUGCCAAAAGAUUAGAGAGCUUGGGAGCUCUCACUCACGGUGACAGAAGAGCAACAGAAACUCGAGACCUUAGCAGGUUCAACUUUGACAACAAGUAUGGGAGAAAUGCUUUGGAGAUAGUUAUGAAAUCCAUUGUGAAUUUAGAUUCCCCAAUGGUGUCCCCACCUGCUGACUAUCCUGGAGAAUUUUUUAAAGAUGUUCGGCAAGGAUUAAUAGGUGUGGGCCUAAUAAAUGUAGAAGACCGAUCAGGAAUUCUGACACUUGAUAAAGAUUACAACAAUAUAGGAAAGUUCCUGAAUAGAAUUCUGGGUAUGGAGGUGCAUCAGCAGAAUGCUUUAUUCCAGUAUUUUUCGGAUACGUUAAAUGCAGUUAUACAAAAUGCUAAAAAGAAUGGAAGAUAUGACAUGGGUAUUUUAGAUCUUGGGUCUGGAGAUGAGAAGGUCAGAAAGGCAGAUACUAAGAAGUUUUUAACUCCGGGAUACUCUACCUCUGGACGUGUAGAAUUAUACACAAUCAGUGUAGAAAGAGGUAUGUCUUGGGAAGAAGCAACUAAGAUUUGGGCUGAGCAAACUGGACCAGAUGACGGAUUUUAUUUAUCUUCGCAAAUAAGAAAUAAUAAGAAAACUGCUAUCUUGGUAAAGGAAGUGAAUCCCAAAAAGAAGCUUUUCUUAGUAUACAGACCAAACACUGGAAAACAACUCAAAUUGGAAACGUAUGCAGACCUGAAAAAGAAAUAUAAGAAGGUACCUUCUGAAGAUGCUCUACCACAUUGGCUAGAGCAGUACAAUUCAUCGGCAGAUACCUGUACCCAUGCUUAUUGGAGAGGCAAUUGUAAGAAAGCAAGCCUGGGAUUAGUUUGUGAAGUGGGCCUCCGCUGUCGAACUUACUUCGUCUUGUGUGGUUCAGUACUAAGUGUCUGGACAAAAGUGGAAGGAGUUCUAGCCUCUGUGAGUGGUACAAAUGUGAAAAUGCAAAUAGUUCGGCUAAGGGCGGAGGAUGGACAGAGGAUUGUAGGUUUGCUCAUUCCUGCAAAUUGCGUAUCGCCCCUUGUAAACCUCCUGUCAACAUCAGACCAGUCUCAACAGCUUGCAGUACAACAGCAGCAGAUAUGGCAGCAACAUCACCCACAGAGCAUCACCAACUUCAACAAUGCAUAAGAGGACAGACUACAGAUGUUGACUUUGGUGUUUGAGAAAAGGCUGUAAAAGCAUAUCACUUGCAUAAAAAUCAGGGACAGAUUCCAAAGAAAUAUUUUUUCAGUUCAGUUGUGUGCUCUCAGAAGUACUUUGGGAAUAAAGAGGUACAUAAAGGAUGGUAGAACUGAAAGCCAGCAGUUGCUUAUGGUGGUGCAUCUGUCUAUGCUCUCUGUAGAGCUUCCUGUUUGCUUUUACUUUUGGCCUUUUAAGCCACAAACCACAAAUUUUGUUUGAAAAUGCUUGAAAAUUCCCAAACAGGCUUUAUUUUUAUCUUGUCAUACAGUGCUCAGGGUUUAACGCAGUACAUCAAUGCCAUUGCUGUGGGAGAUAACCUCGAAUGCAUGUAUUGAGUAUAUAUAGAAAAUAUAUAUUGGGUUUUUUCUCUUCAGCUUGUAAGUUUAUAUAAGCAUGAAAACUAGAGAUUGCACAUCAUGCAUUCAUUCAGGUUCCUUCCCAGUUUGUUUGACAGUGCAUGUCUUUGGAAACAGGCAUGAACAGGAUAAACACCCCAGUCAAGAAUUCCGAGAGAAACAAUCUUAGUUGUACAGCAUUGGUUAUUGCAUUUUUAUAGUGUUUAUACCCAAGUAUUGCAUUUUUUCUGGUUCUCUCCUGGAGGUUAUAUAUUUGAGUCUGCAACAUGUUUUUUGUGAUAAGCAUCUUAAAUUAAAAAGUUACUUCAUUUUAAUGUAUUAAUGGUAUUCCUAAUGUGUAAUGCAAAGAUGGCUAAAAGCCUUUCCUUUAAAAUUAAAAUAUUUCCUUAAUCCGAGGUGACUAUGGAAACUAAGUGCAAAUUCACUUCCACCUCACAUACAAUCUUAUAUUUUUUACUUCAUUAAUGUAAUUUAAUUUGUCACUUGUAAGAUGAAACCUUACUUGAGCUGUAAAUUAGACAAUGGGAAACUCUUGAGGGUUCCGCUAUAUGUGCUGUUUCUGUUACCCAGUAACUUGAAUACUGUUUAAUAUGUUGUAAGACAUUGUAGAGUUUAUCUGGAGCUGUUUAAAAGAAAUUGUAAUGUACAAAUGUGAAUAGUCACUUAUCUAUAAUAUGGGUAAGUUUUGUUUUGCCUAUAAUAGUAGAUGUUUAUAAGAAAGUGAAGGACAAUGUUUGUCAUUUCUUGCUUGCACAGGUUGCACUAUUGAAAAAUUGAGAUUGUAUAAACCUGUCCAAAAAACUGCAAGAUACCAAAAUCUUGUAGAUGUCAAAUAAAACGUUAUUGUACUAACAAAACUGGAGUCUUGUUUAGGCAAUCACUGUAUUCCAAAAAAUUAACAAGUCUAGUUUGGCAUUCAACAAGACUUGAAUGGUCCAACCUACUUAAGCUAGUCUUCUGUCGUAUGGUCCAUAUCAGUCUUUAAGUUGAGCUAGUUAGUAUGUGAGACAAGGGAUAAACUCUAUACUGAACUUCAGUAUAUAUUUUACAAGUAAAGAUAGUGCUGUAAGUACAGUAAAGAUAAGGGUAAAUGGUUGACCUGAUGGCGACUUAGUGCUGUGAUCCAUUGUAGUGCCUGCUUCAUUUCCUUAAACACUUGGUGGACCAGAUUCUGAUGUCUCAGUGAUGUAAAUUUGGGAUAACUAUGGAACUGAGAUCAGAAAUUGAUCUAAUAACCUUAGAUUUAACUCCGUUAGGUUAAUGAUCAGUGGGAAGUCCCGUUAUUGCACUGGUAUUAGCACAUGCAGCACUAAUCUAGGAAGAACUCAUGAAUUUGGGGGAAAAUGUGCGUGUGCAGGAAGUUCCAUGUUUUAUUCAGCCAGCAAUUUAACAAACUGAAAUGCAUUUUGAAAUAAAGAUUUGUAACUACAAUUGAUGUGUCUGAGGCUAAUGCUGGCAGCAGCUAAACUGCGAGAGAGGAUUUCUAACCCAGGUACAAGUGGGUGCAGUUCUAUUUCUAACUGUGAAAUUGCAAGACAGCAUUGACCUGACCCGCCCCCCCCCCCAUACUUUGUUCUAGUGGGGGCAAAGAGUUAUUUGACUGCUGUAAUGUCAUCAGCAGAUGCUGGUGAUCCAGGCAGGCUGGACAUUGUGGACCAUAAAAGUAGCAGGAGUGGUGAGAGUUGCAUGCUCAUCAUUGCCUUGUUAGUGGGUACAUUCAACAUCCUAAUAAAGGUGAAAUAUACUUAAUUUCAUUCAUUCUGAGGAGAGGCUGCUUACUCUCAACCCUAAAAUCGUUGUGUUGAACAAAACCUCUUCAAUGUGUUCCUGGGUUGGAAACCUUGAAUGCUCGAUCUGCAAUGCAAGUGCAGAGCCUGGUCAAGAAACUUCCCCAAAAAUGCAAUUUUCCAUUUUCCAAUCAGUUCUGUUUGUUUCAAGACAGAAAUACUUUUAAUGGGCUGAAACAAUCAAACCAGUAACUAGACACACUUUCCUCUGCCACAAAGCUAUUCCUUCCUCCCCCCCCCCCCCAUCCUUAAGUUGCAGAUGCACAAGAGCUGUUUCCAUACUGCUAUAUCCUUGUUUUUGCGACCCAGAUCCUUUUCUAGCCUUAUGCCAUUGAUUUCCUGAUGCAACCUGCUAAUGAAUCUAGACCCCAGCUCCAGAGGGAGUAUCCCAAUAGGCUGUUAUAAACUUCUGUUUUAACAAAGGUCUUGUCUUCAAUCUCUUGCUCCCUAUGUAAACAACUCAGGCAAUCUUGAUUUUUAUGUGCAUGCACCCUGGGACGACAUGGCAUGUUUGUCCCAUGGGUAGCCUUAGUGCUAUUCACUUUGCAUAUAAGAAGUAUUAACGCUUUUUUUUGCAGUGAUUAAUUUGUAUUGUUUUUACCUUUAGAUGGUGGAAGUGUUAACACCUAAUGGUAGAAGCUCAUGGGAGGAGUGGCCUAGGAGUGUAGGGAUAAGUAGAAUGGCGUGGGAAAUAGAUCAGUCAUCAAGAAAGGAGGAGGGAAGACCUAACGCAACUACAAAGGUAGGGUGGAUAUCCUGUAACAGCACCUCUAGCAAAUUCAAGCGUCAAGAAGUGGAGGGGGCAGUAAGGGACCCGGAUCACAGGCUAAAAGGGAGGCAAGACCCUACUUAUCACUUGAUCCCUAUUUUUGUCACUUACAAAAAUCAUUGUUCCACUUAGGAGCAUGUUUAGAACUAAAGCUGGAUAUAGAUGGCAUUUAUAAGAAUAAUUGUUCAGUCUCAUUUUUCACCCACCAUUCUAAUAAUGCACGAGUCCCAGUGGCAUGCUAUAUAAAAUGACUGUGUAGGAGCUUGAACUGUCUUGCCUGGAGUUAGAUAAGGGAUCAGACAGUUUUUACAUGUCUGAGUCAAAAUCCACUGACCUUAUUCACUUAUUUCAGUUAUGCCUCUACUAGUAUGCUCAAAUACCCUACAGAUAAAUCUAUAACUCCUGCUGAAAUUGUCUUGUCCAGUAACUCUAUAAACUUUUGUAGUCUUCCAAAGAUGCCAAUUGUUUAGUCGUGUCUUGAACCACUUUAUAUAAAUGAAGAAAAUUCUGCAACCUGUAAACAUUUUGGGAAAUGAGUUGUUUUGGAGUUUUGCUUUUACUAUUGGGAUAAAUCUUGCUUAAAUCCCAUAGUAUGUUAUCUACAUAUAUAGAUAGAACAUAUGUAUAUAGAGAUCUUAAAGACAACUGAGUUCAUUAAUUUAAAUAUCUCCUGUAAAGCUACUCUAGUGAUCUUGUUCUUAGUCUUUUUCCCUUUCAUAUGUCCCGAGAGUUUUAUUCCCAUUUUCUUUACUUGCUACACACAGCAUUUGUAUGUACAUUAAAAUAUACAAAAUUUUCCAGGGGUAUCUGCCAUAUACUAGAUCAGUGGUUCUCAAACUUUUUUUUUUUUUUCACGGAAGACUUGAAAAUUGCUGAG